UCUUUUCCUUCCGCCGGAAAACUGGGUUUUUCGUAGAUUCAGAUCUCUCGCUGUCCUUUUGUUUGUUUUGGUCACCUGGAUUUGUCCGCGCCGCUGUUUUGUUUCCCCUCUCUCUCUCUCUUCCUCGAUCCGUUGUACGGUCGGAUCGGAUAAUGCGGCGAGAACGAUAAGAUGCUCGUGCUUCUCGGCGGACGAAUCUCGCCGGCGAACAAGAUCUGGGAGCUGGGUUCGAUCAGAAAUCUUGUUUUCAGAGCAUGGUCACGACUCAUAAAGAACACAAUCUGAUGACUUUCAUGUCCCACCAAGUGUAACCAUCAAAUGGAUUGAACGGAACAGAACAGAACAUCCUCGUUGGCCAUUGAAGAAGAAAACGAUGUCAAGACAAGCCUCUUCUGUUCUGUUCUUGUUCUUGGUGACGUCAUCUCUGCUUCUUCUCGUCUCUCCGGUCGCCGGAAACGGCUUUCAGCGGUGCAACUGCGACGACGAAGGGAGUUUCUGGAGCAUAGAAAACAUCCUCGAGACUCAGAGAGUGAGCGAUUUCUUGAUCGCCGUCGCUUACUUCUCGAUCCCGAUCGAGUUGCUCUACUUCGUCAGCUGCUCCAACGUUCCGUUCAAAUGGGUCUUGUUCGAGUUCAUCGCCUUCAUCGUCCUCUGCGGUCUGACACAUCUCCUCCAUGGCUGGACCUAUGGUCCGCACACGUUCCGUCUCAUGCUGGCUCUGACCGUCUUCAAGAUCUUGACGGCUCUUGUUUCUUGCGCCACGGCCAUCACCCUCAUCACUCUCAUCCCUAUGCUCCUCAAGGUGAAAGUGAGAGAGUUCAUGCUCAAGAAGAAGGCUCGUGAGCUCGGUCGCGAGGUCGGGAUCAUAAUGAAGCAGAAAGAGACGAGCUUGCACGUUCGUAUGCUCACUCAAGAGAUCCGUAAGUCACUGGACAGGCACACGAUCCUCUACACGACUCUGGUCGAGCUCUCGAAGACGUUGGGGCUGCAGAAUUGCGCGGUCUGGAUGCCGAACGAUGUGAAAACCGAGAUGAAUCUGACUCACGAGCUGAAAGGGAGGGGUAGUUAUUCAGAUGGGUAUGGCUGUUCGGUUUCUAUAAACGAUCCGGACGUGAGGAGUAUCAAAGAAAGCGAGGAGGUGAAUAUACUGAGUUCGGAUUCGUUGCUCGCUAGAGCGAGCAGCGGAGAGAGUGGCGAGAUCGGUCCCUUGGCUGCAAUAAGAAUGCCGAUGCUUCGAGUGUCCAAUUUCAAGGGCGGAACCCCCGAGUUGAUUCAGACAUGUUAUGCGAUACUUGUGUGUGUGUUGCCGAGCGGGCAACCUCGGGAUUGGACGAAUCAGGAGCUCGAGAUCGUUAAGGUUGUGGCUGAUCAGGUGGCGGUUGCUCUCUCUCACGCAGCGAUUCUCGAGGAAUCACAGCUGAUGAGGGAGAAGCUCGCUGAGCAGAACCGGGCGUUGCAGCUGGCGAGGCAGAACGCGAUGAGGGCAAACCACGCGAGGAAUGCCUUCCAGAAAGUGAUGAGCGACGGGAUGAGACGGCCAAUGCACUCGGUUCUCGGGUUAUUGUCGAUGCUGCAAGCCGAGAACUUGAGCGAAGAGCAGAAGAUGAUCGUUGACACGGCUAUGAAAACGGGGAAUGUCUUGUCAAACUUGGUGAAUGACGUGAUGGAUCUCUCGAGGAAAGCGCAGAGUGGGAGAUUCAAGACCGAGAUGAAACCGUUCAGUCUGCAUCGUAUGACAAGAGAAGCAGCUUGCUUGGCUAAAUGUUUAUGUCUUUACAACGGAUUAGGGUUCGUGAUCGAGGCCGAGAAAUCUCUCCCGGAUAACAUCAUCGGUGACGAAAGAAGGGUAUUUCAGGUGAUCUUCCACAUGGUCGGUAGCCUCCUUAAAUGUCGAAGAUACCGAGCAGGAGCAGCUUCAUCCUUGAUUUUUAGGGUUUUGUCCGAACGAGGAAGUGAUCAUAGAUGGGCUGCUUGGAAACAGCCGUCUUCAUCAGACGAAGAUGUGCACAUAAGAUUCGAUAUGAGAAUAGAGAAUAUUCCGAAUUCUCUAUCAGAUCUCUCAGUUUCAUCAUCAACACAUGAGCUCGAGGACUCGAGGUUCUCCAGUGAUAUCUUCGGACAGGAUCUAAGCUUCUGUAUCUGUCAGAAACUGGUUCAGAUGAUGCAAGGGAAUAUAUCGGUGGUUCCGAGCCACGAGGGCAGCAGCAUGUCGCUUCUCCUCCGGUUCCGCACCCGACCCUCGAUCUCGACGGUCGUAACGGAAACGGCUGAGGUGACGGCGCUUUCGAACUCGCAGUUCCGUGGGGUACAAGUCUUGCUAGCCGACACGGACGAUUCGAACCGGGCGGUGACUCGGAAGCUGCUGGAGAAACUGGGAUGCGUCGUGACGGCGGUGGGGUCGGGGUUCGAGUGCCUGACGGCGAUCGGGGUGGCGAACUCGGAGUUCCAGGUGGUGGUUCUUGAUCUGCAGAUGAGGGAGAUGGACGGCUACGAUGUGGCCACGAGGAUCAGGAAGUUCAGGAGCAGAUCGUGGCCGUUGAUCGUGGCGGUGACGGCUAAUUCCGACGAAGAUAUGUGGGAGAAGUGCAUGCAGGUCGGAAUCAAUGGCGUCGUGAGAAAGCCUGUGGUCUUGCGAGCCAUUUGGUUUGAGCUUCGGAGAGUUUUGUCUCAAGCCGACAAAGAUCUGUAAUGGUUUUUUGUUAAAGGUGAAAGAAAGAUACAG